CUCGAAUCUGAAACUUCAGGGUAUGACGCGCGCAUUUCCGCAUACGGACUUCAACUUCAACUUUGUGUCGAGGCACCUUCGAACAUGUUACCGAGAUGUAGGCCUCAUACUUGAAAGCGUGUUUACCGACCGCUUCAGUGAUAUAUGACUACGCUGGAAAGUGGGCUUUCGGAAAUGAGCGAUCUCGGUCUGAGUCCAUCUCCUCUGUCAAAGAGGCCAGGCUUAUUCCUGCGGACGGCAUUAUAAGCAGCCAGAACACUGACGUCCAGCAAGCCUUGAAGAUGGCACAGAGAUCCGCCACCAUUGUCUGCUACAUUCUGUCUCUACUUGUGGUUACUGCGUUUAUCUUGUCCUCCUUUAUUCUUGAGAGCCCAGUGAGGAGGGUACGGCUACUUGCGGCCGGCCUGGUGAAUCAGGUAGCCGACCACAAUGCAGUCUCUACACAGGGCGACUUCCUACUGGGCGUUGGGAAGGCAGACAUUACAGGACCGGUAGUGGAGAUCAACCUGAUGGGCUAUGCAGAUACAGAUCAAUCGGGAACAGGUCUUCGACAACGAAUCUACUGCCGGGCAUUCAUCAUCGGAAGCCUCUCAGACAACUCCUCCAGGGUUGCCUACCUCGUCCUUGACACUCAGUCUGGGGACACUGCCGUUCGCCACGGUAUUCUCGAGGGACUCAAGAGGUUGGGGCCCGAAUAUGAAAUGUACAACAAGAACAGCGUUGCUAUCACGGGCACACACAGCCAUAGUGGGCCUGGAGCGUGGCUGAACUAUCUUCUUCCACAAAUCACAAGCAAGGGAUUUAACAAGGAAAGUUACGAGGCAAUCGUCAACGGUUCCGUCCUUGCAAUAAAAAGAGCACAUGCCAGUCUGGUGCCAGGGCGGUUGGGACUCGGUCAGCAAACCAUCAUGAACGCAAAUGUCAACCGAAGCCCCUAUGCGUACUUACAGAACCCGGCUAGUGAAAGAAAGCAAUAUGAGUCGGAUGUAGACAAGACAAUGACCUUGUUGAAGUUUGAGAGAGCCUCAGAUGGCCACCCGCUAGGGGCUCUAUCUUGGUUUCCAGUCCACGGCACAUCGCUCUAUCAAAACAAUACCCUUGUCACGGGUGACAACAAAGGUGUGGCUGCUUAUCUACUGGAAGAGUAUAUGAAAGAGAUCAAUCCAGAGUUUGUUGGCGGCUUCUCCCAAGCUAAUGUUGGUGACACGUCGCCCAACACUCUUGGGGCUUUUUGUGAGGAUACUGGUCUUCGAUGUACUUUUAACGACAGUACAUGUGGCGGUCGGACGCAACCCUGUCACGGACGCGGACCACUAUUCGGGUUCCUGGACCAAGGAACGGCAUCGUGCUUCGAAAUCGGAAGCCGGCAAAUGGCCGCUGCCCGAGAUAUCCUAGGUAGGAAAGUCCUAGAGCGAAUACCAACGUCGACCGUAUCCUCUUUCCACACGUACGUCAAUCUUUCGUCUUUCGAGUUCCUGUCGCCAUUCAACCAAUCUCGACGACUGAAGACAUGCUCCGCAGCCUUGGGAUAUGGAUUUGCCGGAGGCACGACCGACGGACCCGGCGCAUUCGAUUUCUCGCAGGGCACCAACGACAGCGAUGACUCUCCAUCACUCAAGAACCCAGUAUGGAAAUUGGCGCGGAAGUUCAUCCACGAGCCAUCAGAUGAACAAAGACGGUGUCAGAGUCCGAAGCCCGUUCUGUUGGAUGUGGGCGAAGCCGACCGACCGUAUGCAUGGUCUCCCAACAUUGUCGACAUCCAGCUCCUGCGAAUCGGGUCGCUCAUCAUCAUCGUGGCGCCGGGAGAAGCCACCACCAUGGCAGGCCGACGGUGGCGCAAUGCUCUGGACAAUGCCGCGCGAUCGGUUCUCAACAUCGAGACUCCCACCGUCGUGCUCGGCGGACCUGCCAACACAUAUGCCCAUUACAUUUCCACAGAGGAAGAAUACCGUGUUCAGCGGUACGAAGGCGCCAGCACCCUGUACGGCCCACACACCUUAGAGGCAUACGUCAAUCUCACUUUACAGCAUCUUCCAUAUCUAGGCUCUGCAGACGAGAGGUCCCGUCUGCGUCGACUGCCGUCCGGUCCCAGCCCACCCAUCAAUAUCAACAGUUCAUGGUCAUUCGUCACUCCCGUCGUGGUCGACCAUGCCGGGCUCCUGCGCAAAUUCGGCAACACUUUGUCUUCCCCUGACCCGUCCAAGCCUUUUACUCCCGGGACGACCGUCCGCGCAGAAUUCGUAGGCGCAAAUCCUCGCAACAAUUUCCGCCUCGAAGGCACUUUUGCUGCUGUUGAAAAGUACGAAUCGUCGGGCUCUUGGGUCCAAGUCCGCGACGACAGAGACUGGUUUCUGGUGUAUAAAUGGAAAAGGACCAGCUCAGCCCUCGGCACCAGUGAGGUCAGCGUAGAAUGGGAAAUCGAGCCUGGCACCGAACCUGGCAUGUACAGACUCAAAUAUUACGGCGAUGCAAAAAGCUUGACGGGGAUCAUCACCCCGUUCGAGGGGACCAGUGGUGUCUUCAAUGUUGCUGGCGACGGCAAGUCGGACAAGAGUAAGAGUUCGUUCUGGGACGAGCUGGUUCGUGUGUGAAUCUGAUUUUUGGUCUAUGUAUGUUUUGCUACCUACAAUGGGUUUGGGUCUGCUCCCUAUUGGACUUGAAGCAUGAGACGACGGACAACGUUGACGAUGACAAUAAUAAUACAAUAGCAAGCGUGAUGGGUUUGAUACUUGCUCUUCUUUUCUG